AUGUUGAUCCCGAGCUCCAUAAGAUUGGAGAAGAAAAUUGCAAGGAAGUGUUGCGGUCUGCCCAUUGCCAUUAAAACCAUGGCCUGCAGUCUUAGAAGUAAAAGCAAGGACACAUGGAAGAGUGCACUUUGUCGUUUAGAGAACCAUGACAUUAAGACGGUUGUUGGUGAUGUUUUUAAAACCAGCUAUGAAAAUCUCCACUACAAGAUGACUGGAGAUACCUUUUUGCUCUGUGGUUUAUUUCCGGAGGACUUCGAUAUUCCUACUGAAGACUUACUGAAGUAUGGAUGGGGCUUAAAAUUAUUCAAGGGAGUGGGUACUAUAAGAGAAGCAAGAUACCAGCUGAACGCCUGCAUUGAGCGGCUCAUACAUACCAAUUUUUUUGAUCGAAAGUGA